GAGGGCGGCGCCGCGGCGGCGGGUGGAUGAGAGUUGGCCCCGAUCUCCGCGCAGGGGAGUCCUCCCGUCAUGUCCAGGUGAGGCCGAGGAGCGCGCUGCUGAACAUGCUCAGGAGGCUGGACCGGAUCAGGUUCAGAGGCCACAAGAGAGAGGACUUCCUUGACCUGGCAGAGUCCCCGAAUGCCUCGGAUACUGAGUGCGGAGACGAGCUCCCCCUGAAGACGCCGCGGACCUCGCCCCGGGACGGCGAGGAGCUCCGGGACCCUGCUGGUCCAGGGACCCUCAUCAUGGCAGCUGGGGUCCAGGACUUCAGCAGGACAGAGUUUGAUCGGCUGAACGAGAUCAAGGGUCACUUGGAAAUAGCCUUGCUGGAAAAGCACUUUCUCCAGGAGGAGCUCCGGAAGUUGCGAGAAGAAACGAACUCGGAGAUGCUGCGGCAGGAGCUGGAACGGGAGCGGCAGCGGAGGGCGGAGCUGGAGCAGAAGGUGCACGAGGUGCUGAGGGCCAGAUCGGAGGAGCAGCCAGCACAGCCACAACUGCCACCCAAAGGGCAGAGCCAGGCCACCAAUGGCACAGGCUCAGAGCGCCGCAGCCAGGGGUUGUCCUCCCGGGUGCAGAAGUGGUUCCACGAGACGUUUGGGGAGUAUGUGGAGGACUUCCGCUUCCAGCCCGAGGAGAACACCGUGGAAACGGAGGAGCCCCUCAGUGCCCGCAGGUUAACGGAAAACAUGAGGAGACUGAAACGUGGUGCCAAGCCUGUCACGAACUUUGUGAAGAACCUCUCUGCCUUAUCUGACUGGUACUCCAUCUACACCUCUGCCAUCGCCUUCACCGUGUACAUGAAUGCUGUGUGGCACGGCUGGGCCGUCCCCAUGUUCCUGUUUCUAGCAAUCUUGAGGUUGUCCCUCAAUUACCUCAUUGCCAGGGGCUGGAGGAUUCAGUGGAGCAUCGUGCCCGAGGUAUCCGAGCCCAUGGAACCUCCAAAGGAAGACCUGACGGUGUCUGAGAAGUUCCAGCUGGUGCUGGAUGUCGCCCAGAAAGCACAGAAUCUCUUUGGCAAAAUGGCCGACAUCCUGGAAAAGAUCAAGAACUUGUUCAUGUGGGUGCAGCCCGAGGUCACCCAGAAGCUGUACUUCGCGCUGUGGGCAGCGUUCCUGGCCUCCUGCUUCUUCCCCUACCGCCUGGUGGGGCUCUCUGUGGGUCUCUAUGCGGGCAUCAAGUUCUUUCUCAUUGAUUUCAUCUUCAAACGCUGCCCACGACUGCGAGCCAAGUACGACACACCCUACAUCAUCUGGCAGAACCUCCCCACGGACCCCCAGCUCAAGGAGCGUGCCGGCGCUACCGCACCACGCAGGCUGCAGACGGCGUCAGCACGGAGCUAUGUCUCCAGUGCACCUGCUGGCCUAAGUAAGGACGAAGAUGCUGGUCGCUUCCACAGUACCAAGAAGGGCAACUUCCACGAAAUCUUUAACUUGACUGAAAAUGAGCGUCCCUUGGCAGUGUGUGAGAAUGGCUGGCGUUGCUGUCUGAUAAACCGAGACCGGAAGAUGCCCACCGACUACAUCAGGAAUGGGGUUCUGUACGUGACAGAAAAUUACCUGUGCUUUGAAAGCUCCAAGUCUGGCUCAUCCAAGAGGAACAAAGUGAUCAAGCUGGUGGACAUCACAGACAUCCAGAAGUACAAGGUCCUGUCUGUCCUCCCAGGCUCAGGCAUGGGGAUUGCUGUGUCCACACCGUCCACCCAGAAACCGCUGGUGUUCGGCGCCAUGGUGCAUAGAGACGAGGCCUUCGAGACCAUUGUCAGUCAGCACGUGAAAAUCACAUCAGCAUCAGCCUCUGGUGGUGACAGCUAGUAGUGAUGCCAGGGUGUCACUGGAAUCUUUCUAACCAUUGGGGAGUGGAGCAGAAGAGAUGUCCUCGUGAUCGUUUGCAAUAAUUCCCCUGACGAUGGUUUGUUAUGUUGGCCUGUGUACUGCAAGCCCCUUCACUGAAGGGCUGGGACCCCCAAAGAUGGUGCCGGGCUUGCCCCAUCUGGGUGUGAGGCACCUUAGUGGUCACCUGUGGACAUGGGCGGGCAGAGGGUCUUCAGGGCCUCUCUGAAGGACAGCAGGACACUUGCCCCCAGGCCCUGCUAAGCACAGCUCUGUUCUGCAUUGCAGCCUGGGCACAGACCGAGCUCCUGCCCCUGUCACCCCUGUGUCUCCCAUGGCCUGUGACUCUGCUCUGGAUACAGAGGCUUUCCCCGUCAGAGCCACGGCUGGGAGUGCUGGGGCGCUCUCGGCUGGGCUGGCGAGGAGUGUUGGCCCCUUCCAACAACCGAGAAAUGGCCAGUCCUCUCACUUGGCCCUCAGGGAGCCCCUCCCUCAAUGUUUGCCCACUAUGGGGGCCGUGAGGCUAUGGGUAGGGCUUCUCAGGGCCGGGCAUGUUUGGGGCACCUCCCUCUUGCCACCCUUGGUAUCUGGGCCAGGUCCCACUGGCCCAUUUUUGGCCUGACAUGCUAGCCACAGGUGUGUGGUGGGCACCCAGUCCAGGGGUAUGGAAUGGCACGUAGGUAAAAGCACAUCUUCUUAACACUUCGCUCUUUGGAAAGGCCCAGGAGGGCCAUGGGGAGGCUUUCAGGGUGUGUGAGCGUUGGUCAUUCUCAGACAGGGUUCCUGGCAGUCUGGCAUUCAGCCUUCAGGCCACAGCCACUCUGCAGUGGGGAGGGUCAGGCAGCUGGCGCGAAAGCCCGAUUCAGACGCCGUGCCUGAGGGGCCACCGGGGAGAUGUGGGAAGGUCCGGGGCAGCUGUGAACAGAGCCCAGAGGUUGGGGGCCUGGCUGCCCUGCACCCCUGAUGUCUGACAGUAUUCCCUCUUCCUGCAUGCCCUGCAAGGGUCAAGCUGGCCACACCGGCCACUGCCCCAGGGAAGCCCUCGCUGCUGGACGAGCACUGCCCAGGAGGCAGCGCUCCCGUGGGCCAGGGCCGGGAUGUCUCACUGGACGGUCUGUUCCAGAAUGUCUCCAUGUGGUGUCUGACCGCACAGCACCCCGGCAGUCGAGUCCUGGGACAGAUCUAGGCCUCUGGAGGUGUGGCCACCUCCUGCCUGCCCAGCUUUGGGGUGGGUUACUCUGGUUCCUUCAGCUUGUCCUGAGUCCUUCAGGGGUCAUUGAGAUUGUUGUUUUUUGAAGAAACAGAAGAUUAUAUUUUUUACAGAGAGCAAGCUGUUUUUCUUAUUUUUGUAUCAUUUUUCAGAUGUAAUUUUUACCUUUGCUCCUACCCUCAUUUGCUGGUGUGGGUGUGAGGCCCAGUGGCUUGGGCUCAUGACGCCCCUUUCAUGGGGCCGC